CAAGCCGGGCCAACGUCAACUUUCUCUCGCUCGGUGAAAGUCUCACUUUAUCUCCACUCCACUCCGCUCUCGAUAUUGAGACCAAACAAUUUAUCAUCACUCCCUAGCUCUCUUCUCCAUUAGACAAAUAACGUAAUACACACCAAACCUGACAUGCCAGCCCUAACUAUACCUUUCCUUGUAGUUGUUGAUGUCAGUAUCUAUCCCUGUCUUGGUAUUGGAAACGAUGUGGCUCACAUAUCAUAUACAGCAGACGUAAAAGAUUGAACAGAACAGAACAGAACAAACCACUGGUAGAAUAAUGGCGAAAAUAAUAUUAUUUAUUCGCCACGUUGCAUCAUCAUUUCCCUCACAAAUUGGGGAAUAAAACUGGAAAAAACCGAAAAAAACUAGCCAAAUAACGUACAUACAUACGUACCACUACAAUAAUUAUUCUAUUUUCCCUUAUAAAUUGGGAACAAAAACCGAAAAAAAUCCAACCAAACAACUAAACUAAAUCCAGUAAUUACUUAUUUUCGGUAUCUGAAUUACCUCACAAAAACCGAAAAAAAAUCCAGUAACCAAAUAACUUAACACAUACUAAAUCCAUCAAUUACCCAUAUUUUCCCACACCUCAUUUCCCUCACAACUACAAAAAACCCCAAAAAUCUCUCCCAGUGAGUGAAAAGCAUAAAGAAAUACGUGACAAAUCAUACCAAAACUUGAAAUCAAGGCCAAUUCGACAUCUCUUUUUCAAUUCAAACGAAGUGAUAAAAAACCCAGAGUGAAAAAAACUUGGUCACAAAAAUUCAAUACGUUUUUUAAUUGGAAACUGGAAACUUUCCCUUUUCAAAUUCCAAUCUUCUCUUUAAUAAGAGAACAAAGUUGAUAUUUUUACUUCAUCGGACAAAAAGGAAAUCAAGUUUCAUUUCAUACAACUUUUUUUCGCUGUAAGUACGUGUCUUUCUUGGGAUCCUUUGAGAGUUAAAAAACUAAUCAUCGUCAUCAUUCCCCCUCCGAGUGGGAGACUGCACAGUGGUAAAAAAUUUACUUUCUCCCCACUUGAAAAGAAUGUCUGUCACGGGGAGAAGAAGAGGAGCAGGACGACCUUAAUUUCUCCCAGGAAUGGAAUUGAAUCGGACCCAGCAAGAAGACGAAUCGCCUUGAAGGGAAACAGAAUUUGGUCUUUUUUCUCGUCCUCCUCGCCUCCUUCUGCUCGAGGGUACUUGGACUUUUCGAGCAUAGUUUAUCUAUUUGCCAAAAUGAUUGCCGGGACAAACACCACGACGACGACCACCACCUCCGCGCCCUACAGUUUGGCCGGAUCUUUCCCUCACUACAAACAAAUCGUGAUGCCGGCCGAUCAAAGGGAAAAGAUUUUAGCGAUGCAUGAAGCCAGCCGGGCAAAUGCGGGGAUUUAUGUCGCCGUCGUGCUGGCCAUGUACGUCAUUCUCUUGACGAUGCUACUCUGUCGCUACAGGCGACGUUUCCCUCUCCCCUCAUCGUCCGGUGAGGCGUAUUCGGCCAGUGGGCGACAUCACCACCAUCAUCACCACCACCACCACAACAGCUCGGGGGCACCAGCGUUGUCGUCCUCGAGCACGACGUUAUCACCGCUGUGGAAACUGCGAUUUCUCUGUGAUUGCUCGUCGACUGGGGAUGAUGGAAAUGUGGACGAUUCUCCGGAAGAGGUUGGCGACGUGAGGAUGACCACCAUGGCGAUGACGCUUAUUCCUCGGGCACCCACAGCAACGACCGUGGUGGUGGCGCGCCCUGUCCCACCGACGGUUUGUAUUACGCUGGCGACAUCGGAGGGUGCGGGGUCGGAGGUGGGGGUGGCGGUUUAAGCAGGAUAGGAGAUUUGAGUGGCUGUGGAAGGUGUGUGGACAUAGGGCCAAUGUCCCCACGGUUGUUAGAUGUCCCCAUCAUAUGCCCAUGUUACAUAAACCCAUCCCUCCCUUAUCCUACAACAUUGAUGUCCCCACGGGUUUCGCGGCCACUGAUACGGAGAAGUAUAGUUUUUCUAUGUUGGAGAGAGGAUCGUGCUCGUCUAUGCGACUAAAAUAUUUUCAGUAAUAUUACAUAAAUUGAGUAGUGAAAGUACAUACAUAUUUUGUGUAAAUAAGUUGGAAGAUGGAUCAAUAAUAAAAUAUGUAAGUAGUGUCAACACAUAUUCAUAGUUGAAUUGCAGGGUCACAUAUUAUACAUAAAUAGCGUCAGAAUCUAUGAAAAUAAAUAUGUAUAUGUAAAUAUAAAUAUGUAAAUCUAUCGGUAUUAUGUACGUACUUACGUCAUUCGUACGUCGGAACCUGCAAACUUUCAGGAGUUUUACUGGAACAAGUAUGUAUGUCUUUAUUGCAUAAAGAAUUUUCUACGAAAGGUAAAAAUUGCCUCUAAUUCUUUGCGAAAUCUUAACUCCUGCGUUUUAUGUUACAUUUCAUCACAGUAACAAAACACGAUGUAAUUUAUGUAACCGAUUUACAGCAUUGUAAACAAACAUGAUAUAGUAUUUUGAACUGUUUCAUAAUAAAUUAUC